CGAAUCAGUUUUGCUGUUUGACGUGAUGUGAUUUACGUCCUUGCGCUAACUGCGUGUGUUUUAGCGGAAGCUGCCGACAUUCGCGCGAGUGAAGCGGGCCCGCAUCCCGAACGCAUACGACAAGUCGGCAUUGAGGUUGCAAGUCGGCGAUCGUAUCAAGGUAUUGAAGAUGCAUCCAAGUGGCACGUGGGAGGGUGAAAUCAACGGCCACGUCGGCCAUUUCCCAUUCACAUAUAUCGAAUUUGAGGAUGACGUAGUGGACACUGCCGAAGUCACAAGCUCAGGCGCCGAUGACCAGGUCAGCAAAGAGGAGUCGUGGCACAAAGCAGUGUUCAGGAAGCGGACAACAGGCCAGACGAAAGAAGGGUGCAGGUGUCAGGCGAUCUUUAGCGAGGCAACGUUGUCUGGCGAAUGCACGGCUGCGACGGACAUCAGCAGUGGAAUAUCGCUUAUAUCACAGUUGAGAAGCUUCGCUGCCUGCAAUGUGUCCAACACGGCGUUUUUCUCAUCGAUCAGCGUAGCUAAGGCACAGCUUUUGGCGUAG